GGAGUAAAAAGGCAGGCUAUGUAGGGGACUAGCCCGACGGUGGUCCUGUGGAACUGUAAAGGGUGGAAAGAGAGGAAUCAAAUCUUCUUGCUGGCAAUAAGGCAAACAAUAAUUCCGUACGAAAAUGUAGAAAGGUUAAGAUAUUAAUGAAGAGAAAGAAAGGAGAGGAUUCAGUACUGAGCUGAGCUGGUGGAGGAUCUCUGAAUAGUGAUCUGAAUCGUCUAAUUCUGAGAGGAUAUAUGUAUAUAUCUCUAUUGGAACUAGGAAAGGAUUAGGUACGCAGCAGGGGAGAGAGGGAGAGGUUCUGAAUGUGUUCUGUUUGCCGCAUCUGCAAUCGUAUCCCAAUGGCCCAAAAAGAUCACGAAGUAUCUGUCCCCCGAUUUUAUCAUGAUUCCCGUCUUCUCUAUAUAUUUAAAGCUUCCAAAUCAAAACAAGUAUGGUUCAUACACGGUCGUACUUUCUCUCGGCUUGGCUGAGGUUUCUCUUGUGUCUGUUUGCUUAGGGCACUAUCCAUUCUGGGUUUUUUUUUUUUUUUUCUUCCUUUUCUUCCCAGGAUUCGUGGGUGAGCUUGCGCCGCAGAGAGACCGAAAAGAAACAAUAUGGCUUCUUCGUCAUCAUCAUCACCAUCGACAAAGGGUCCGGAUAAUGAGGAAAAGCCACAUGUUUUAGCUGUUGAUGAUAACUUGAUCGACCGAAAACUCAUCGAAAGGCUCCUCACCAGCUCUGCCUGUAAAGUGACAACAGCAGAAAAUGGACAAAGGGCAUUGGAACUUUUGGGCCUGGAAGAGGGGCGACAUGCCAUCAACAACAGGGAUUCAAAGGUGAAUUUGAUCAUCACUGACUAUUGUAUGCCAGGAAUGACCGGGUUCGAGCUUCUUAAAAAAGUAAAGGAAUCAUCAGAUCUGAAAGAGAUACCAGUAGUGAUAGUGUCCUCUGAGAAUGUUCCCACCCGAAUCAAGAAGUAAACAGCUCCUGAAUAUCACCCACCCUAUCUACCACAACCAUCUAUGGGUUUCAUUUAGCCUUUUUUUUUAUUGGGACAUUAACUCACAUUUUUCCUCUCUAUUUGUUCACCCAAACAGAUGCUUGGAAGGAGGAGCUCAAGAGUUCAUGCUGAAGCCUCUCCAACGAUCAGAUGUCGUAAAAUUGAGAUAUCAGGUGAUGGAAUUGCAGAAACCUACUAAUCGAAGGCUGUGCACCGGAAGCCACUGCAAUUAUCCUAGGAAC